CGUAGUUUCCGGUGACGUCACGAUCGCACCUGCGCAGCCAUCUUGUGUUUUACGCGAGAAAAAAGGGAGAGAAACAAAAACAGAAAAAUAAGCAUCAGGAAGGAAGGUGAGCUGCGGCUGGAGUCCUUAUGAAAAAGCCGAACUGAAAGCAUUUGCCUUCGGAGAAGAAAAAAUAAGAAGGAAGAGGGCGAGUGCAUCAGUCAGCCUGCUGUCGGAGCCCAGCACCGUUUAGUUUGCUUUUGGCGGAGACCGAAAGAACGAGGAAGAGCCGACAGGAAGAGCGCAGCCGGCCAGCCGCACCAUGAAUCCCGAAUAUGACUACCUGUUCAAGCUGCUCCUGAUUGGUGACUCUGGUGUGGGCAAGUCCUGCCUUCUACUGCGAUUCGCUGACGACACCUACACCGAGAGCUACAUCAGCACUAUAGGGGUGGACUUCAAGAUUCGCACCAUCGAGCUGGAUGGCAAGACCAUCAAGCUACAGAUUUGGGACACCGCUGGGCAGGAGAGGUUCCGCACCAUCACUUCCAGUUACUACAGAGGUGCUCAUGGGAUCAUCGUCGUUUAUGACGUGACGGAUCAGGAGUCGUAUAACAACGUGAAGCAGUGGCUGCAGGAGAUCGAUCGCUAUGCCAGCGAGAACGUCAACAAGCUGCUUGUGGGCAACAAGUGUGACCUCACCAACAAGAAGGUGGUGGACUACACGACGGCCAAGGAGUAUGCCGACUCGCUGGCCAUUCCUUUCCUGGAGACCAGUGCGAAAAACGCCACCAACGUGGAGCAGGCCUUCAUGACCAUGGCGGCAGAGAUCAAGAAGCGAAUGGGUCCCGGGGCCACCGCCGGGGGAGACAAGCCCAACCUGAAGAUCGAGAGCACCCCGGUGCGGCCGGCUGGCGGAGGUUGCUGUUAGGACCCCUCCGCGCUGAAGUAUCCCCUCCCCACGUUCUGCCCCCUCCGCUCACUCCCUGACUCCCUGCAGGAGUGGGAAGAGGGCUGGGUGAAGCUGGGAUUGGGGUCUCGCAAGGAGAGGAGGAGAGGCAGGAGGAACAGAGGAGCUGGGAGAGAGAGGAGAUGUUUCAGAACUUGGGACUCAUCUGUGAUCUUGACUGUAAACCCUGACAGAAAUGGAAAAAAAAUAAGAGCUGGGGAGAUGUGAGCUCUUGACACCCCCCCCCCCCCCACACACACACACACACACACACACACACACACACACACACACACACAAACGGGGUGGGGGAGCUCAGCUGGGGGUCGGAGGGACUGAGGGGUAGAGAUGCAAUAUGAUAUCAGUUCUGGUUCUAGCUUACCCAUUAAACUGGACCACAGGCAUACGAACGCGCACAUUCACGCAUCAGACAGGCACUCAAACACUAGGCAGGAGUCCUGGAGGGGGCUACCGGUCACAGGGAUCUGCUUUGAUGUAGCGACGGCUUCAUUCAGCCCUGGAAAGCCAGCCGUUUCUUGCAGGUUAAUUUUGUUCUUUGCUAAAUAAAGAGCAAUCUGCCCCCCCCCUCCCCCUCUCCCAGCACAUCGCAGCUCUCUGGCUGGUGGGUGUGAACAGUGGCUCUCUUUAUUGCGGCUUUCCUGUAGUGAAUUUCCUUUCUGGUGAGACACUGAUGGGGAGAAUGGGGGCGUGGCUUAGCGAGGUCCCUGACGCCGAUGAAGGACAUACCAUGCACUCACAUGUGUACUCUCCCGUCACACGCCGUCACCCCUGUGAUGUGGGAGGUGGCGACGGACUGACGGGCGUCAGAUGGAGCGGCUGCCCUGCAUGGCAGGCGUUGGGGCAGAGUGGCAAUGAGCAAUGUUUCCUCAUCUUGUCAUUUUUUAUUAUGAUUAUGUAUUUGCGGUUUUACUACUUUUUGUUUCUCUAGCCAAGCCUGUGUGUACAGACGCUGCUUCGCUGUUGCUUUGAGUUCCUCUUCCUUCCUUCCCCGUCCAUCCGCUUGCAUCCCCUGAUAAAUGCCGCUCUCUCACCUUGGCGUUGUCUCUGCCCUGCGCCGGCACACGCGCGUUCUCACGGCCGCAUGCGGAGAGGCAUUCCCGCCCGGUGUGAGCGCAUCGCACCUUCGCUGCCAAACCUCUGCUGUGAGCCUGUCAUCACGGAUUUUCACUGUUCUUAAGGGUGCGUCGCUUACAAGCCCUUUUUUUGUUCAAGGUUAACAAGAAGGCGUCCUUCAAGUGUGUGGAAAAUGCAUCGGCCAGCUUGAGGGAUGUUCCCUUCAAACAAGCUUUUGAUGAUUUCAGUUUAAAAUACAUAUGUCACUCUGUUAUAAGUGCUAUUAAUCUACUAAUCUAAUCAUGCCUAACUUGCUGGUAGAUGCAUCCUUAACGGCGAAGAACCCUCACUUUUCUCCUUGUUUUAUUUAUGUUACUGCUCUCUCCCAGCUGCGGGUUGUCCGAGGAGUCGACUCAGACUAAAUACAUCUUGUAUCUAUGACGUUUUUACCGCUUGUUGUCCGUGACACCCCCGGCCCCCCGUCUCCGUGCUCUUCUACGAGGCCCUCCAGGCUUUGUCUUCAUUAAAAGUAUGGCUGUCCCUACACUUUGUCUGUCGCUCGGGUUUAUGGCGUAGAUUCUCGGCUUAGCGAAGCAGCGGUUUAGGUGGAGUGAAAACCUGGAGGAGGUUGAAUGGAGUCCGCUUCCAAAACGGGGUUUUGGAAUGAAGGAUGAGGUCGACGAGGGCGGGGUCACAUUGAUGCCUAAACGUUACUGCAGUUUAUAUCCUGCCUGCUCACCAAACGGUUACCCUGCGGGCGAGCGGCACGCUCACGUGGCCGGGGCCGAAUGUGUCCACGUGCAAAGCCACAGACUGCACAGGCUGCAAUAGAAGGUGGCUGGUUUGUCUCCACAUGUUAGUUCUUGUUUGCUGUGGGUGAUAAAGAAAUGUUUCUGACUCUGAAAUGUCACCUGGGGCUUCGGAGCUGUUUCAAUGGUAAUAAAAUCUAUUAUUAUUCCUCUUGUUAA